AUGGAGGAGCAUUUCGUCUUGCGGUUACCACCGUCGCUGGCUUCGCGGAUGGACCGCGUGCUGCGCGAAGACCCCGCCGCCGCCGCUGACGCCGCCAUGGAACUCUUCUUCCAAGCUGACGGGCGCACCGGUUCCUUUGUGAUGGGUGGGGAGUGUUUUUCAGCUUCCUUAUUGGACCUACCAGCAGUGGUGGAGUCGUGGAAGACCUAUGACGACAACUCGCUCGUCAAGACGGCAGAUGUGGGACAGAUGAUAGUGGUGAGGGAGCCAUCGGAAGCAGAACGACCCAUUGAGGGACCGGAGAGUCGCAACGGCCUCACCCCUCCCAUGCGGGACGUGCGGAGACGACGCUUCAGGCGCGAACCCGACCUUAACCCGGAGAUAGUGGAGGAGGUGGAGGGGGAGCUACGGGGAAUCAUGGCGGGAGGCGCGGCCAAAGAUGUGGAUAUCCCCCUCCGCACACUCUCGCUUACCCUCCCUCCGCACACUCUCUCUUACCCUCCCUCCGCACACUCUCUCUUAACCUCUCUCCCCACUCUCUCUUACCCUCUUUCCGCACACUCUCUCUUAACCUCUAUGGCUGAAGCGGGCCCGCUGAUCGCGGCUUUGGAGGUUCUUAAGAGCAAGCAGCCUUCGGAGCUGUUUGUGAUCGGCCUUGCAUUGAUCGGCCUCCUAUGGCUCUUCUCAGGCCUGCUCUCGUUCCUCAACGGAAUCUGGAUCCUCUUCCUUCGCCCCGCCAAGAACCUCCGUCGUUACGGCUCCUGGGCGAUUGUUACCGGAUGCACUGACGGCAUCGGUAAGGGUUUCGCGAAGGAGCUCGCGAAGCGGAAAAUUAACGUGAUUCUCGUCAGCAGGACCCAGGAGAAACUCGAGGCCGUCGCGAGCGAGCUUUCGUCAAAGUACAAGUACCUACACGAGGUUGAGGACAAGCUUAUAUCGGAUCUGAUCAACAUCAAUGUCGAGCCCGUGGUCCGCCUGACAAAGAUCGUGAUUCCGAACAUGCUCAAGAGGAAACGUGGAGCGAUUGUGAACAUCGGAUCGGGUGUGGCAACGGUCAUUCCGUCCGAUCCGCUCUACUCCGUCUAUGCCGGCACCAAGGCGUUCGUGGACCAAUUCUCCCGCAGCAUCAACAUGGAGUAUGCAUCCAAGGGCAUCGACGUGCAGGUUCAGGCGCCUCUGUUCGUGGCGACCAAGAUGUCCAAGAUCCGCCACGCGUCGCUCACCUGCCCAUCCCCCGACCUGUACGCAAAGCACGGGGCCAACUGGGUGGGGCAGGAGGUGAGGGUCACGCCGUACUGGGCGCACGGGGUCAUGUGGGGCAUCAUCUAUCGAUUCCCGGAGGGGCUGUUCAAUAUCAUCCGGUUGGGUCAGAAUGUGGACAUUCGCAAGCGUGCGCUGGCUAAGAUUGCUCGCCAGCAGAAGCAGCAGUAG